ACUCCCGUGAUCCCUCGCGGUGUUAAGGGAAUUACGUCACAAUUAAGCGUUUUAAAACGUCACAGAGGGCGUCGCUCUAGCCCUGCCCGGCGGAGAGUCAGACUCAGUCACAACUGUCCUAAAGGCUUUUCCACAUGGACCAGAACUUCGUAACACUGAAUGAUGAGCAAGUAGUGGCAGCCGACAAGUUCUCCAGUAUAGCGACAAGUUCUCAAGUGAUGGACGACAAAAUAGCUGGACAGGGAAAUUCUGAUCUGGAUGAAGAUUGUGUAUCUGAGGAGCAGUCAAAAUGCUUAGAAGAAGAGAAGGGGUGUUACAUGGAUAUUGUGAAAGCGAACUCUCAAGGCGAUGGAUCGUUGGACAGUUUUAAAACAGAAGGCUUUCCUAUCUCUGCUGCUGCAUUAAACUGUCUACAUGAAAAUACAAAUGUUUCUGGAAUUAAUCACGCAUUAAAAUGCACUGGCAUUAAUAUAUCAAGGAAAAAACAGGGUGGAAGUAUGAUAAAAGAGUUGCCCUUAUGUGAAGGUUAUUUCAUGUACACAGAAAGUUACCCACACAUGGACCACACACAGACAGAAUCUGUAUCUCAUAUAAAGAAGGAAUCCGACUCCUGGCAAGAAGGAAAUCUAACAGACACAUAUACACCCACAGAACAUAAACAGACAGAGUAUCCAUCUACUGCCAUUAAGGAGGAACCAGCCUUGUCUGAAGAGGGGAAUAUCCGAUAUGACAUUAAUGGACUCACAGAUUAUAAAAUUAUUUAUAUUAAGGAAGAAUUGCCCUCAUGUGACAGUUAUACACCCACAGAACAUACAUCUACACCCUUGAAGAAAGAAUCUUCCUCACAUGAAGAUGAAACUCUCAUGGACCUUACCACGGGUGGAGUUACAGACUUUACAGUUAUUCAGAUUAAGGAGGAAUCGGCAACAUGUGAAGAAAAUCUUCCAAAUGCCAACAUUCACACUACUAAAAAACAUUCACCUUCAAAAUAUGUGUUUAACAGACAUAAAGGUCAGAGUACAAAAAAGAAGAAAGUAUCUAAUAAAAAGCAAGCAACUGAUAAAAUUCAGGAACAGAUGCAACUGGUAGAGGGAAUAUUUAACUGCAUGGAGUGCCAGGAACAUUUUACUACUCAGUCAGCACUUGUUAAACAUCAGCGCAUUCACAUAAGGGAGAAAAGGUUUACUUGUCCUGAUUGUGGCAAACGUUUUACUGCUAAAUCACUAUACGAUGCACACCAAAGAAGUCACACUGGAGAAAAACCAUUCUCUUGUCUUGCAUGUGGGAAAUGCUUUACCAGUAAGUCAAGUCUUGUCAAACAUCACAAUAUUCACACGGGAGAGAAGCCAUUUUCCUGUUCUGUUUGUGGAAAACAAUUUAGUCAAAAGUCCAGUCUUAUGUCACAUAAUAGAAUUCACACUGGAGAAAAACCGUACUCCUGUGCAGUGUGUGGGAAACGUUUUACCGAUAAGUCAGGUUUUGUGUACCAUCAAACCAUUCACACUACAGAGAAACCCCUUUCCUGUUCUGAAUGCGGGAAAAGGUUUAUUAGGAAGUCCCAUUUUAUAAUACACCAGAGAAGUCACACAGGAGAGAAGCCAUUCUUGUGCUUGGAGUGUGGGAAAUGCUUUGUUAUGAAGUCGAGUCUUGUCAAACAUCAGAUCAUUCAUACGGGGGAGAAACCGUUCUCAUGCAUACACUGUGAGAGGAAUUUUAAUCAAAAAUCACAUCUCAUUGCUCAUCAGAGGAUUCACACAGAUGACAGACCUUUUUCAUGUUCUGAAUGCGGGAAAGGUUUUACUAGUAAAUCAGGGCUUGUGCAACAUAAGCAAAUCCACAAAUCACAGAAACCAUACCCCUGCUCUGAAUGCAGUCACAGUUUUAGUGCAAAGUCACAAUUACUAGCACAUCACCGGAUUCACACAGGAGAAAAACCAUUCUCCUGUUCCGUGUGCGGGAAAAGUUAUAUAUUUCAGUCAAGUCUUGUCCAGCAUCAAAAGACUCACACUGGUGAGAAGCCGUUCUCGUGUCCUGAAUGCGGAAAAAGUUUUACUUUUAAAUCGGUUCUUGUUCAGCACCAGAGUAUUCACACCGGAGAGAAACCAUUCUCGUGUUCUGAAUGUGAAAAAAGUUUUACCCAAAAAUCCCAUCUUGUCUCACAUCUGAGGACUCACACUGGGGAGAAGCCUUACUUUUGUACUAAAUGUGGAUACAGCUUUGCUGCUAAGACAAGUCUUGCUACACAUCUAAAGAUUCAUGAACAAGAACAAACUGACUAAUCAACUGGGUGUAAUGGGACUAUUUGCACAGCUAAAUCAAUGUUACUUUGGCAUUACAGACCAGUCUUCGCCUUACUGAACCUUUUUAUUCACAUAGUUGCAUAGUAAUCUAUAGUGAAAAUAGGACGUCUUUCAAGUUAAACUUUCAUAGGUUUCUGCUGUUAAUCCAAUUUAAUGAAUAAACAAAAAAAGGUGUCGAACUCCUUAUUGUGAGAGGACGAUAUCCCUUUAUUGGCAAAACAGUAAUGUUUAGACUGUGUCUUUUUCAAGCAAUGGUUGAUAAAGACACAGUCAAAAUGUUGCUGUUUUGUCAAUAAGGACUGCUGGACAUCAUUUUUUUUUUUCCAUUCUUUUAUACUUAUCUGGGGAGACAGUGUCUUUGCACCCUUAAGAAAAAUAAAAGUUAGUGCCCCCCCAAAAAAAACCUACAAUUUGAAGCAAGCAUCAAUCAUGCCUCAAAUAGGGGGGAAAAAAAUCUUCUAAUUUCUACCAUUCAAAUAACGUAUAAUGUAA